GCUGAAGUGAAGCAGUUGAAGAUCGAACGGGACGCCCGAACAGAGGAACUAUCCCGUAUGGCAAAUGAGUUUACCGAGCUACAAGGCUUUAUCGUAUCGCAGGCUCAGCCUACCAGUACUGGUGCUGAGCGUUCCGCUGAGCUUGAUGAGUUGAGAAGGCAGCUUCGGGAGCGCGAAGAAAGAUUGGAGAGACUAUCGCGAGAGCGCGAAACGCUUCGGCAAGAUUUCAGAACGACGAUUGAUGCUCUCAACCAAUCAUCAGACGAAACAACGCGCGUGUACGAAGCUGAAAUUGCGAAAUUGUCGGAGCUCCUGCACCAAUCGCCAGACGAGCAAAUACAGAACUACGUGGCGCGCAUUCACGAACUCGAACGGCUCUACGAAGAAUCUCGUAUGGCAGUCGAGGACUCAGCACAGGCAGACGUCAUGGAGGAUUUGAGGAGUUUGGAGGAGAUGACGAGGGAGCUCGAAACCGGUCUAAACGAAGCCACUGAGCAAAUCGAGAUCUGGAGGAAUAGGGCAACGGAAGCAGAAGGACAGGUCGCUGCGUUGAAGGCGGUGCUCGAAUCUGCGCAGCAUCAUAUUUCUGAGAUGGAGGAUGAGAUCCGUGCUCUGCGAGCUGCCGGUGCGGAGCGUACAGGUGCUCCAGGUGAACUUGAAGCGCCUGGCCGGAAGAACUCGUUGGAUGACCUUACGGAUGAUCACCCGCAGAAACGCCAGGCUGUGGCAUUCCUUGAGGAUGAAGUCGCUCGUCUCAAGGAGGAAUUGGAAGCCGCCAAGGCAAGUUCAGGUGGAGAACCAAAGGCAGAUGAAGCUCCCGCAAAUGCGGAAAUCGAGCAAGAACUUUCGUCACUCCGCGAAACAGUCACGGAGCUCGCAUCAAAGACCGAGGCUGCCGAAAAGCUCGCAGCGCAACUCCAGGCCCAAAUCGAGGAAUAUCAACAACGUGAACAACAGCAAACCGAAAAGACUACCGAGGGUGUCGUCGAAUUCGAGAAGCUACGUGAAGAGUUGGCACAGGAAAGGGCUCAGCGGGAACAGUUGCAUCAGCACAUCGACGAGUUGACGCAAAUGGCCGAGGACGCCGUCAUGCAGCAAGAAGAUGUUAUAGCAGAGAACGAGAGGUUACGGGCGAUGGUCGAAGGACGCGAGGGUGCAUAUGAUGGAAUUGAUGAGGGUGCAUAUGGCGAGGAAGCGCAAAACCAGAUAAAAUGUGAGAUUUGCGGUGGUGGGCAUGAUGCGUUGGACUGUGCUGCUGUCUUCUCAGGAGACGCGCAGCCGAUGGUCAACGAGGAGGGGGUACCGUGGUGUGAGAAUUGCGAGAAAUAUGAUCAUGCUACGGAGAACUGCGAGAAUGCAGAUGAGGUAUUUUAGUGGAGAUAUUACGAAAGAUUCCGAGGUUUGUUUAGCAUAUUGGCAC